GCUGGAGAGGUGGACGGAGGAGAGGGGAGGGAGUGACCUCAGCCUCCUGAGUGACAGGGCAGAGAGGGGGUGGAGCCAGUUUGAAGGCAGGCGUGGCGGGGUGGUGAGUCACAGCAGGAUCCCGUCUUUCCGCUCAGCUCUGUCUCGCUUCCGGAGGGAGGCGGCCCUCUCCGGGAAGGUUCUGGAAAGGGUGAAGAUCCUGGUGGCGGCCGGGGCCACGGGCAUGGCUGUGGGGGCGGUGUUCGGGGCAGCAGCCCCGCUAGCAGCGGCGGCAGGGGCAGCGGCUCUGGGGAACACGGUAGGCUUAGCAGCAGGACAGCUGGCCGGUAUGUCAGUGGCAGGGGGUGCCGGGAUGGGGAAGGCUGUGGGGGCCAUAGUGGCAGCAGCGGCCGGGAAGACAGCUGUGGCGCUGGGGGCGGCAACUGGGGGGCUGCUGGGGGGGUCCGUGGGCGCCCUGGCCGGGGCGGAGGCUGCCGGGCCAGGGGAGGCGGCCCUGGAUGCCCUGGGGCAGGUGAGCCUGAUGGGGGUGGCCCUAGAGGGGGCCACUGUCGGCGUCACUGCCCUGAACGGGGCUGGAACAGCUGCUGUGGGGGCGGUCGGUGUAGCUAACUCUACUGUAGCACAGGGGGCGGGACAGGUAGCUGCCCUAGCGGGGCAGCAUGCUGUCACCACCGGGGGCAGUGUUGCUGCUGGAGCCGUCCAGUGUGCAGGGGCUGGGUCGGCUGGGGCCACUGUGGGGGAGGCGGUGGUGGCCGGGGGGGUCAUGUCGGACGCCGUGGGCACCAUGGGGGCCACGGCACGCAUCCUGACGGCGGUGGCAGAGAUCGGGAAGGCUGCGGCGGGCAUGGCUCUGACGGGAGGCCUGGUGGUCAAGGUGGUGAGGGAGAAGGUCAGGUCCACCAUGGACAACAACCACUCUGAGAGGAGGUCCUACGAGAUCUACUGGAACAAAUGAGGGACAAUCAGAACGGCAAGAGCUGGAAGAAGAGCUGGAAGAUCCUUCACAGGACGGCUCCAUCUCUACACAACUUUCAAAGUUUGGAUUCUGGUUGAAACUGGUUUAUGUCUUAGCACCUUAUCCCAAUCAGACUUUAUUAUAGCGCUUGGCUAUCUACUUCUUACACUCCUGCACACAUAACUGACAGUGUUAAGUAUAUCUGUUUUGGGGUUAUUAAUGAUCCAUAGACAAGGAUUUACCUAGAAAGUGAAGUAUUUAUGCAGUAAAAGCACAAUUCACAGUUUUGGAAAUGAAGUUAAAUAAUGUGCACUUACAAUAUUUGUAUUUUUUGGUGUUCACGAACAGUAUUUAUAGAAUGGAUUUUCAGAGCUAUUUUAAUAUUGAUGCAUUUUUUAUUAUAUUAACAAAAAUGUAUGAUAGCAACUUAGGAAACUUAUUUAGCAGGAAUUGCAGUUAUUUAUAAACUGAGACUGAAUUGUAAUGGUUGUCAUGACUUUUGUUGUUAUGACAUCCCUAGCUGUCAGACAGUUGUGACAGUUGCCUUUUUUGCUUUUUUGGAUGGAAUCAAAAGAUAAACAAGUUUCGCAGGAAUCUCAAAUGGUUUGUUGU